GGAAGGAAGGGAGGAGGAGGAGCAGCGCAGUCUGCACAGGCUCUGCCGCAGUUUAAAUUAAUGUCAACCUGCCUUCGAGCCGGGAGAACAAACCAACGCUGAUAGCGAAAGUACAGGCUCGGAGCAACCUGCUGCAAGCCGUCCGGACCCAAACAUGACUCGGCGGCCGAGAAACAGCCUGCACCCAGACCUUCUAGAAUGACUGGUUCUCUGUCGGCCUCGACACCUGAUGAGUUUAAGAGUGGGCUUGUUCCUUAUGAGCUCUUUUUAAAGAGAUGAUUGGAGAGUAGUUUAGCGUGGCAAUAGACAGUGUUUACAGUAGCGAAGAGGAUGACGAGGAGACAGAGAUGUAUGAACAUGACUAUGACGGAUCACUGGUCAAGGCAGGGAAACGCCACCUCGGCAAAACACGCUGGACACGAGAAGAGGAUGAGAAGUUGAAGAAACUUGUCGAACUACAUGGAUCUGAAGACUGGAAAAUCAUUGCAAGUCUGUUACCUAAUCGUACAGAUGUGCAGUGCCAACACAGGUGGCAGAAGGUCCUCAACCCGGAACUCAUUAAAGGGCCCUGGACCAAAGAGGAGGACCAGAGGGUGAUCGAGCUGGUCCAGAAGUACGGAGCCAAGCGCUGGUCGGUGAUCGCAAAGCACCUGAAGGGAAGAAUCGGCAAGCAGUGCCGCGAGCGCUGGCACAACCACCUGAACCCAGAGGUCAAGAAGACCUCGUGGACCGAGGAGGAGGACAGGAUCAUCUACCAGGCGCACGAGAAGCUGGGAAAUCGCUGGGCCGAAAUCGCUAAGCUGCUCCCUGGCAGGACUGACAACGCCAUCAAGAACCACUGGAACUCCACCAUGAGGCGAAAGGUGGAGCAGGAGGGCUACCUUCAGAGCUCGUUGAAGAACGGCGGCUCCUCGCUCCCCCUCGGCCACGGCUACGUCAAGUCCACCGGUCACAUCAUGAGUUACCACCACUCAUCCAGUCACGCACAGUUGCCUCCUUUGUCGCCAAUCAACUACUCCUACCUAGCUGAAACACACAGAGUGCCUUUCUCAAUGGCCUUCAACUUCCUGAACAUUCCCCAGCAUGGAACCGCUGCUAUACAAAGACACUAUUGCGAGGAAGACCCUGAGAAGGAGCAGAGGGUCAAGGAGAUCGAACUGCUGCUCAUGUCAACAGAAAAUGAGCUGAAAGGCCAGCCGUCACUACCGAUACAUUUGUCCUAUCCCAGCUGGGCCAGCCAGAGCUCUUUGAUCGGCAGCUCAGAUGGGGCGAGCAUGUCUCUACCUCAUCACCAGGCGGCCGCCCCGGCCCCACCUCUGGACCAGAGCUGCCUGCCCGAGGAGAGCGCCUCCGCAGCACGAGCCCACGGCAGCAACGGCACCAGCGGCGACAACGGCAGCCACCACAGCAGUCCCACGUUCUCAAACGCAAUGCCGGACUUCAUGGAAUCGGUCAUUGAUUCUUUAAUCAGCCAGUCAAUGAGCCCCGAACACUCUGAUGACAGUUUACGAAUGAGCUCGCCUGUGGACUCCAAGCCUCUCAUUGACCACUCUCUCAGGCCCCACAAAGGAAAUGAACUAUUCCGAACCCCAAACAUUCCUCGAUCGAUCCUGGAGUCAUCUCCUCGUACACCCACACCUUUCAGAUCGACGCUGGCCCUUCAAGAGGCCAAGUACGGGCCACUCAAACUGCUGAACACCACUUUGGAGCAGCAGAUGGUCGAGUCCAUCAAGCAGGAGCCGAUGGAGUGUCCCAUCGAGCAGCCUCCUCUUAAGAAGAUAAAACAAGAGGUGGAGUCCCCGUGUGAGAGGAGCCCCUGCAUGCAGUGGGAAGGCCAAGAACUCAACACACAGCUCUUCUCCCCCAACGGUCCUGCGCAGGAAGUGCCUGAUCUACUUACCAGCUCGUUACUGAGCGAGGACGGACAUAAAACCUACCACCUCCCUCACAGAGGCAUGACCAGCCCGCUACAGCCGCAGCAGCAGCUCAGUUCCUGGGAGCAGGUGACCUGCGGGAAAACAGAGGAGCACCUCCUGGCUUCGGAGCAGACCCACAAGUACAUCAACACUUACCCUACGAGGACACUGGUGAUGUAGGGAGGGACAGGCGUUGAUCUGGAAACGUCAACACCCCCUGCUCUGGACAUGGCUCUGGGAUUCCAUUUUUUAUUUUUUUUGUGGUACAACAGUUGGGAAAGGCUUUACGCCACAAGUGUUUAUACACUUAAACUUGUUGGAUUUCACCCAACCAAAGACUAAACCUUUUUUAAAAAACCUUUUUUUUUUUUAAUAGAAUUUGACUUGGGUUUUUAUAAACGUGCGUCCUUUCUCCUUUGGUCUUGACUAUGUAUUAUUAUCAUUGUUGUAUUAUAAAUGGGAAACGGUGACUAUGUUUGCAUUGGGCUGUAUUAUUAGUUACAAAUUUUGAUAUUAAUAUAAAGAACAAGUUGAUUAAUUUAUUUGUUUUUUUUUUUUGUUUCGUUUUUCUAAUGAUGAUGACUUUACUGUUGUUUUUAUAAUUGGCCAAUGGAGCAGUGUUGUAAUUUUAAGUAUUUAAGCCCUGUUAGCAUUAGCAUAACCACGGUAAUGAUUUCAGAACUGACCUCUGUAUUUCACUCAUGAAACUGUUUUUUUCUUUCCUUUUUUUUAUUAAGGCUGAAUGAGUCUUCAAAAAAUGUCAUGUUUGAUCUAUGCUGCCUCAUGUAAACACUUAAUAAGAACUGCUACGCAUGUUCUUAUAUCAUUAUUCAAACUUUGGAAAGGGGCUGCCCAAAGUAGUAUUACCUGAUUACCACAUUGCCACCUUCAUUUCAUCGACUUUCAUUUCAAAUUUAUUUUUGGCCUUCACAGUAUCCUGUAUUUGGAAACGUUAAAUGAACAAAUGAAUAAUAUUGUGAUUAUAUGUAAUGUGUGUGUAUAUAUAAUUAUAUAUGCAUACAAAGACACACACAAAAAGAGGGUGAGACUACACUAUAUAAACAUUUAAAGAUCUCAAUCAUGCUUCAGUGUGACACCACAGCUUCACCCAGUAAGAGUAAUACCAAGCUGCACUUGAAUUUUAUGUUCCCCAUCAAAAAAUGAGUAGUAAACACUGAGAUUUCAUUUUAUACUACAGACAAAAGCCCAGUGGAAACUUUUGUAUCAUUUUUUUUUCAAUGUUUCUGUCAAUAGUUUUGUAUUGUUUUGUAAAGCAAACUCCAUCAGCAUUUUAUACUCUUACAAAGUCUGCAUUAGCCCAUGUCAAACACUUAGCAGGCGACCUUUUCAUGUUUUUAAUGCCUUUUUGAUAACAGCUUCAGAGCAACAAUCUUUUUUAUAGAAAUCAUUUAUACAUGCCAAGUUUUCAUGGUUUUUUUUAUAUACUUUUCUAUACCGCCUAGCAAAUAAAGA